UCGUGAAACGGCGUUGGUGAAAUAUUUAAACGCGCAAAAGUGAAGCGAACGUUUUGAAAGGUUAAAAGUAGUAAUUAGCGCGCUGAAAUGUCUGAAAUAGAUAAUUUGGAGUCGUUGAGCAACGCAGAUAUACGAAAAAAGUGCUUACAAUAUGGUUUGCCUAAUGUGCCAGUCACGGACUCCAGCCGAAAUACGUUGAUAAAAAAAUUGCGCGCUUCGAUAUCUGGUUCGCAAACUUCGCAACCAAAGAAGACUCCGCGUCGUGAGACUAUACAUGUCUCUAAAACAACCGAGAGUAAGGAAGAUGUAAAAGUGGACUCUGAGCGACGUACUCCGAGUAGGGGAGCAGGCAGGAGAACAAUUGCGGGAACGCCAACAGCUGAAUUACAGAAAGCAACUGAAAUUCAAGCACAAGCACCUGAAACGAUAGUGCCGGCUCCCAUUGGCGCACGUCGAAGAUCAACCCGCGAAUAUGAAAUUCCACCAACACAAAAGGAGUCAAAACCGGCUAAGAUCUAUAAUCCUGUUAUACUUGAGAGUGAUGAAGAAGAUAGUGAGUUGUUAUUGGCUGCUGAGCAAGCAGAACAAAGAGAUAAGCCAGUUCCGGCAGCACAAGAUGAAAGGAAUGUACGCUCACGUUCAUCGCGAUCAGUUUCUUUGUCAAAGACGGGCGUGGUAACCACAUCGUAUAGUCAAGGGAUAUCUAAGCCUUUAGCUCAAGUUCCUGAGUUACCCAGUCGCAAUCUACCGUAUGAGAGUUUAUCACGGGAAGUAUAUAAACCUCAAAUAAAUGCAAACAUUGGACGCUAUAGCUUGCACCCCAACUUUACACAGCAGACCAGCAUUGGAGUGAAGAAAGAAGUGCCAGCCAUUUCGCGCUACAGUACAAAUACACUAUUAUAUGCUUCAAAGGCUACACCUCUUUACAAUGAGCAAAGUGAUGAUAAUGAGGAAACCGAGAAACAAGAUUACGAGACACCAUUUUUGAGCAAUUUUGCUCGCAAUUUGAAUCGCCUCAAAUCUGAAGGGGUGGUACUUGGUAAAUCCAGCGCUUUUGGAACCUCUGAGUUCGGAGAAGACUAUGCAUCGCCUCGUCCAAUACAACGUGCAAAACGAUUUGAAAUUACUGGACGACGUCCGGCAAAGGAUUCCAUUGCCGAGUCUUUUCGUCAAUUGCUCAUUGCACUGGACCGAAAGUAUAACUUAAGGCUUUAUGUAGUCCUUGCGACUUUGUUUCUAAUAAUGGCGCUGAUUUAUGUUAUUUUGUAUCAAUGAGUUUAUGUAAUUUUUUCAAUUCAAAUAUUUUGUCUGUGAAACCAUUUAUGUCUAAAGUUUCAAUUCGCAUGUCCCCAAAAAUGCUUUUAAAAUGUCUCUUGUAGUAAAUGUCUCCUUUGCAAUGUA